UUGCAAAGUAUAUACCAUGUCUAGGAGUGCUGCUAUGCAUACCACAUAGAGACCGGUUCAGCAGCAGUAGCUUUAUGUCCACACGACGCUCCACUUUGACUAGCCAGUCCUCAGAGGCCAGCAGCCACCUGCACCGUGCCGGGAAGACACGCUUGUCCUCUGUGUCUGACAGCGAGUCGGGCUGGACGGACACAGAGGCAGAUCUCUCCAGCACGAGUUCGCGCCCUGCUAGUCGUCAGGUCUCAUCUGACAUCCGGAAAGAUUUGUCUGACUUCAAGCACAGCAGCUCUCUGAGGCUGAAGGUCAAGAGCAGAGACUCGGGUAUCUUCGACAGAACCUCGGCCCAGAGUCUAGCUGAGCCAAACUUGAGCCGGACCUGUACAUACAUCAGCCCAAAUAUAGUCUCAGAGAACGAUGAGAAAAGACAGUUGGCUCGGAUCCCUUCCAUCAUUGUUACAUCAGAGUCCAGCCCCUCCAGACAGCUCCCAGGUGCUUCGGUGGACGCAGCCUCUGUCACUGUGGAACCUGCUGGGAUUGACUGAAUACGGGCUGCACUACCACUUAUUUAUACUUCAGGACUCCAUCUCAACAGACUCUGGAUCAUCUGACUUAUCCCUUCCUCCUUUUUGUCUCAUUUACACAGGGCUCAAAAAUUAACCUGCUUGCAGUCACAACUGACAUCUGAAGUGUCAUUAUUGUUGUACUUUUGCCUGUUUUGAGGUGGAAAAUGGGCAACCACAGGCUACAGGGUAAACGGUCUUUAUUUUUUUACAAGAGGACACCCUUUAAGGCUUCUUUUAGUGGUGUGGAGAUGAUCCUCUCCUCUCAGGGAUGAAUAUAUGACAGUUCUGUGGGAAAAGCAGCAAUCAGUGUCUCAGUUAUGGAUUGACACUGCUCAGAAUAUGUAUUCAGAUACAUCCAUCCCUGCUUCAUCCAUACAAAGGUUGUGGUGUAGACCAUAGGAAUAAACAGUUCCCUGUGCCUGCACAAGAUAAAAAAUAACACAUGAUGUGACAUGAAUAUUCAAACGCCUAGUUUUUACAUAGCCAGAAAUUUUGGUCAAUGAAAUGUAGAGCCCUGUCUACAGGUGUAAUCACUCUAGGACAGAAAUGUGGAUCUUUUAAUGUUUCUUUCAAGGUAAAGUGUGUAAUUUUGUUAUGUACGUACGUUAAAAUGUUUUAAUUGUAAUGGCUGAUAAAU